AGUUGAAAACUGAGUGGCCACACAGAUUAGAUUAUGGUACGCACACGGUCUUGCUCUCUCUCUCUCUCCCGUUUUCGAUGUGGGAUUGGAUCCCAUAAAAUCCAUUUUAUUCUGUAACACACCAUCAUUCACGCUCGGUCUCUCUUACGAUCUUUGUUCUUCUUCUUCAUCAUCUUCUUACCUCCGAGGCCUCAAUUCCAAUCGCCAUGCCUCCUCCCACGCACCACCCCCAACCCCAACCCCAACCAAAACCUAAUCCCAACUUUCUUUCUCUCUUCCUCAAACCUAUCAUUAUGCUUCUUCUCACCUCCCUCUUCUUCCUCUUCAUUGGCUUCGCCGCCUUUCUCCUCCUCCACCUCUUCCUCCUUGGCGGUGCCUUCCACCGCCUUCGCUUCCGCCCCUCCGCCGCCGCUGCCUCCUCUUCCAACGGCCUCCUUCCUCGUGAAAUCAACAAGCUUCCUCGCUUCCGCCUCUCCCACGGAUCCCAAAUGCUAGCCGACACCCACUGCGUUGUCUGUUUAGACGCCUUUCGCAGCGGCCAGUGGUGCCGGAAACUCGCCGCCUGCGGUCACGUCUUUCACCGCAGGUGCGUCGACACGUGGCUCCUCAAAGUCGCCGCAUGCCCCACGUGCCGUACAUCCGUGCGAUUUAAUGCCGGGCCUCCGGUACAAGACUCAGCACUAGGUUCUACUUUUGCCCAGUUUCGAGCCUGCGAAACUGACUCCAGUGUUGUCACCCCUUUAUAGCUUGAAAGUGACGGUGUUUUACAUGUCAUCGCUCCACAAAAGUGGAUUGUCAUCGACGAACGAUUUAAAUUGCUUUUUCUUAAUUUUUGUGAAGGUGUCUGAAACAUUGUCGUGUCACUAACUGCAUUCAUUUAUGCUAGUAUUUAGUGUUGAGGGAUUUCUAUCUCCAUAGUCCAACAACCGAAGAACAGCGAACUUAUGUGUGCUUAAAUAUUGAGCAACUUACAGACUUUUCUUACGUUUUCUUGAAAUUUGUGUAGUGUUCCAUAUAAUUAAGGGAACAUUAUCACGGGCUUUGAUAAAACAAGGGUUUAAUGUGAAAUUUUAAAGAACUACAAGGGUUAAUUGGAUUUUGUCCUAGAAUUUUUUUAUGCUGGAUGGAUGGGGUGUGUGAUGAAAUCGUCAUUUUGCUGACAAUGGAUAGUAUGUUUACACGAUUACAACAAAAGAUCAUGCAAUUAUGGGUAUGGCAUGAUGGAGUUAAUAAAACAUCCCCUGGUCUCUGAAUGGGUGGUUGAUUGGAAGAUGACAUACAUUGCUGGCUUGGGGAGGGUGAUUGGAGGUCUUUCUUGCUUCGUUAUUCUGUCUGGCUGGUUGGCUUCGAUUGGGUGCGGGUUUGUAUGAAUAUUUGAAAAAAAAUGUGAAGUUGAUUAAAUCCUUCUGUGUUUUAGCUGCAUUUUUUUUAUAAAUUAUCAGUAGUUUGUUUUUGAAGCUUUUACAUAUAACAUCACGUGUAUGGAGUUUUCAUUUCACCGUAUAACAGUAAUAGGUUUUAUUUUAUUUU